UCCGCGCACGCGCACUGCGGCUCCGCGCCGACUAGUCGAGCUCGGCCCGGCUCCCGCCCAGUCGGCGGCCAGCGCGACUCCCGGAGCGCCUGCUGCCGUCCGCCACGGCCCGGGAGGUCCCGAUUAGCGGACGCCCCACUGUGAGUCCUCUGUCCGGAGCUGCACGCCUCUCCGCCUGGCCUCCCACCCUGCCCGGUGGGCCUCAGAGCCAUGGCGACGGAGGAGAAGAAGCCGGAGACCGAGGCUGCCAGAGCCCAGCCCACCCCUUCCUCGUCGGCCACACAGAGCAAGCCUACGCCCGUGAAACCAAACUAUGCUCUGAAGUUCACCCUGGCUGGCCACACGAAAGCUGUGUCCUCUGUGAAGUUCAGCCCCAAUGGCGAGUGGCUGGCGAGUUCCUCUGCAGACAAACUCAUUAAGGUCUGGGGCGCCUACGAUGGGAAGUUUGAGAAAACCAUAUCCGGGCACAAACUGGGAAUAUCAGACGUGGCCUGGUCCUCAGACUCCAACCUCCUGGUCUCCGCCUCAGACGACAAAACCCUGAAGAUCUGGGACGUGAGCUCGGGGAAGUGCCUGAAGACCCUGAAGGGGCACAGCAACUACGUCUUCUGCUGCAACUUCAACCCGCAGUCCAACCUCAUCGUCUCGGGCUCCUUUGACGAGAGCGUGCGGAUAUGGGACGUGAAGACCGGGAAGUGUCUCAAGACUCUGCCGGCUCACUCGGACCCCGUCUCAGCUGUGCACUUCAACCGUGACGGGUCCCUGAUCGUGUCCAGCAGCUACGACGGACUCUGCCGGAUCUGGGACACCGCCUCUGGCCAGUGCCUGAAGACGCUGAUUGAUGACGACAACCCCCCUGUGUCCUUCGUGAAGUUCUCUCCCAACGGCAAGUACAUCCUGGCCGCGACCUUGGACAACACACUGAAGCUCUGGGACUACAGCAAAGGGAAGUGCCUGAAGACGUACACCGGGCACAAGAACGAGAAGUACUGCAUCUUCGCCAACUUCUCGGUCACCGGCGGCAAGUGGAUUGUGUCGGGCUCGGAGGACAACCUGGUCUACAUCUGGAACCUGCAGACGAAGGAGAUCGUGCAGAAGCUGCAGGGCCACACAGACGUCGUGAUCUCGACGGCCUGCCACCCGACGGAGAACAUCAUCGCCUCGGCCGCCCUGGAGAAUGACAAGACCAUCAAGCUCUGGAAGAGUGACUGCUAGGCCCCAGGGCCACGGGGCCACCAGGAGGCCGCCGGGUUGGCAAGGAGCGAGGCGUCUCGGGGGCUCCCGGGUCCCGGCCGGGGCACCUGGGAGGGCCCGGACUUGAGCUGCCUCUGAAGAGGAUGAGCCGAGGGGAGGUGUUACCAUCAGAAAGUUCCAGGAGGCAUUUCCUGCCAGUUCCUCUCACACUGUCUGGGGCAGAGUUCCUAAUCUGUGUUGUGUUCAAACAGUCCACGAAAAUUUAAUUUUUUAUUACAGAGGGUGAGGUGAAGUUCAGUUUAUCGAGAGUUGCGUGUUUUCCAGUAAAUGUUCUGUGCUGUUCUCCAUGUCUCAUUGCCCAGUCGCUGCCCGGUGCUCCGGCCCCGCCUCCGCGGCCCCGCCCUGUGCAGCGGACACUGUCCCGAUGAGCCAAACCCCCCCCUUCCUGCUGCAGCGGUCCCUGUGGGAGGCUGUGUCUGCGAGACCCCUCUGGUCAGGGGCCCUGUCCCCGUGUCGGUGGCUCUCCGUGGCCCCUGCACGGGUCCCUGGUGCUCACACAGCCGCAGCCCCGGACUGAGGAGGCGUCUCCACUGCUUCUGCGCUGCAGGAGGUGGGAGGACUCAGUCAAGGACAGGCUCCUCCAGUGGCACGUCCUUCUGUCCUUGUCCCCAGGAGCUUGGGGCCGCCGGGGGACGCGCUCUUAGGGGCGUCCUUGCUGCAGUGGAGGCGGAGCCCUGAAACGCCCAAGGGAACACGGCAGACGCUCUCUGCUGGCUGGGGCGCCGAGGCCCCGGUCCCUCGUUCCAGGCUUGGGCUCCGCUCUGCGGGGCGUGAACGGGCGCCCGGCCUACUGCCGGCUGAGGCCAGGCGGGCUCCUGGGGCCCUCGGCGGCCAGCUGCUCACAGGUUGCUGGUGUCACUCUCCUGCCCAUCCCUCCCCGCUGGCCUUCUGUCCACAGUGGUGGGCAUGGGGCAGGGACUGGAAACUGCCGCCAGUCCACGGGACCCCUGCGUGGAGCGAGGUCCCCCCUGGGGUGUGAACCCAGUCUGCCAGCCCCGAGACCUCUGGUGGAAGCGCAGGGGAGGCCCAGUCCUGCCUGGGGCGAUGGGCUUGGUGGUGGUCUCUCCCUUUCCAAGGCCACGUCCCGGUUCUGGGCUGGACAGUGCCAAGUGGUGGACAAAGCCUGGGGCCUUCGGGCAGGCAGGCGGGCGAGGAUGUGGGGGCGCCCCCAGGCUUCAGGGGCACCUCCGGGGCCCUGUUGCACGGUGAGCGUGGCGGCUCUAAAGGCCUCCGGGAACGGGCUGCCCCCAGUCCCCGUCUUCUGGAGGUGGGAGCCCUCGGGCUGCCUGUCGGGGUGGGGGGUGGACGGCCGCAUGGUGUGGGUCAGCCACUCGGGCUGGGACCUGCCCUUGCAGCGCGUUCUGAUAGGCAAAGCCGAGGUCCCGUGUCGGCGUCCGGCGGCGUGGCUCCGUCCUGGGGCCUGCGGAGGGACGCCCAGGCCCCUUGGUUCUGUGGGUGCUGCUGUUGGUUGGCCGGGCGGUGGCAGGGUGUGUGUGGAGCACUGUCCCCUUGAAUAUAGUGUAUUUUUUCUACUUUGGAAUUCUCUGUUGUAGAUUUAUGUAAAAAUGCAUUCUUUUUGAAAAUAAAGAUUUUCAUGUCUUUUA